CAUUUCCUUGAGGCUGGCACACCUUCCCUACCCAAACCGGUCAUUUCUUUCUUUCCUUCUUUUUUUUUUUUUUUUUUCCUGGCUGGACCAGUUCCAUCUGAAACCCGAGUGACCCGAGGAGGGACACGAAUGACUCAAUCCUUGGGAAUUAUUCUCAGCUGUGUUCUGUGCAUUCUCUGUGAGUCAAGCAUAGAAGUGGACAGCUGUCUGGCAAUGGGAGAUGAGAGGGGCAUGACACGAAUGCUACUGGAAUGCAGCAGUCUCAGUGACAAGUUGUGUGUUGUCCAGGAGCAUCAGUAUGAAAUCAUCAUUGUCCCAACCUUCCUGGUUGGCAUCUUCCUCAUCCUUCUUGGGGUCAUCCUGUGGCUUUUUAUCAGAGAACAAAGAGCUCAACAACAGUCUUCUGGACUCCGAGGCAUUGCCCCCAUGCCUCCAUCAAGGAGCCUAAGCUGGGAAGCAGCAGGACAUGGAGGAAGUGUGUUUGUGCCACUUAAGGAGACAUCGGUGGAAAGCCUUCUACAGACUACCACGCAUGCCCUGGCUAAGCUGCAAGUGCCCCGGGAGCAACUCUCUGGUGUUCUGGAGCAUAUCUACAAUGGUAGUUGUGGGGCCAUCUAUCGAACCAAGAUGUAUACUGGGGACCCUGCUAAGCCCAAGAGUGUCAUCCUCAAGGCUUUAAAAGAACCAGCUGGGCUCCAAGAGGUGCAGGAUUUCUUAGGGCGAAUCCAAUUCUAUCAGUAUCUGGGGAAGCACAAGAACCUGGUACAGCUGGAAGGCUGCUGCACAGAAGAACUGCCGCUCUAUAUGGUUUUGGAGGACGUGGCCCAAGGGGACCUGCUCAGCUUUCUCUGGACCUGUCGCCGGGAUGUGAUGACCAUGGAUGGCCUUCUUUAUGAUCUCACAGAAAAACAAGUAUAUUACAUUGGGAAACAGGUCCUUUUAGCUUUGGAAUUUCUCCAGGAUAAGCAUCUGUUCCACGGGGAUGUAGCAGCCAGGAAUAUCCUGAUCCAGUGUGAUCUUACUGCUAAGCUCUGUGGACUGGGCCUGGCUUAUGAAGUCCACACCCGAGGGGCCAUCUCCUCUACUCACACCGUACCUCUCAAGUGGCUCGCCCCAGAACGGCUCCUGCUGAGACAAGCUGACAUCAGAGGAGAUGUCUGGUCCUUUGGAAUCCUGCUCUAUGAGAUGGUGACUCUAGGGGCACCACCAUAUCCUGAAGUCCCUCCCACCAGCAUUCUACAGCAUCUCCAAAGAAGGAAAAUCAUGAAGAGACCCAGUAGUUGUACACACACAAUGUAUACUCUUAUGAAGUCCUGCUGGCGCUGGAGUGAGGACAGCCGCCCUUCAGUUAGAGAACUACACUCGCGCCUAGAAACUGCUGCUCGAACUGCAGAUGACAAGGCUGUGUUGCAAGUACCAGAGUUGGUGGUGCCUGAACUGUACGCAGCUGUGGCGGGCAUCAGCGUGGAGAGCCUCUCCUACAGCUACAGCAUCCUUUGAAGAUCCCAGGGCAAGAAACAUUUAUGGGUGAUCACAUACUCUUGGAGCCAAUUCCUCCAAGAACAGAGAAUAGACUUUCUAGUGGGACAUAAUGAGAGAAAUGGGACAUGGAUCCUGGAUCUUCCCCUACACAUUCCCUAGAUACCUGACAUGAUGCUAUAGGAGGCUCUACACACCAUAUACCCUUGAGACUGAGAAAUAUAGUUUCAUUUCUACUGUCCCAAUCCUAAAGACCCAGGAGAGAAGUGGUGGACAGUGUCAUUCCAAAGGAGGUUUUAGAAAUCUGCAGUGUUUGUUGCGGCAUGGCACAAAUAAGCUGGUCCCUCCCACCACAGGCUAGUUUCCUCCUGAAGCAUGUUUUUUUAUCUAGCCUAUUAUAAGGUGCAGAGAAAUUGCAAUCAAAUGAGGGAAUAGAAAGCCAGUAAAGAAGUUGAUUAAGAGAAAAUUAAAGGUUUUACUUGCUGAGGAGUAUAGAUGUGGACCAAGUUUAUCCUUCAAAGAGAAGGAGGAGGAAGGAUGUAAAGUUCUUCAGUUCUGGUCCUAUCAUGCAGGGCUAGAGGAGAACCAUGAAGGAAAACUUCUGAGUUUCCUCUUGGCUAUAGAUAAGAGAAAGAUGGUCCCCUUUUCUCUAAUUCUGAGAGACGAGUACCCUGUCGGUACUACUUUUAACUAGAAGCUGGAGGGGUCAAUUCAUGAUUAAGAACAUUCAACACGUCUUGUUCAUCAGGCUAGCUUCCUGGUCCCUAUAAGACUAGGGAGAUUGAGCCUAAAGAGUCAGUUCAGUCAGCGAUGAAUAUAUUAUGUGUCUAUUAAAUAAACAGGAAAUGUGGAAACCAAGCAAGAAUGCUUAGUAAGACAGAAUGUCUUAAACAAGGGCUAGAAAAGGAUGUAUUCUGAGACAGAAGGCUAGCAGCUUC